GUUGUGGACCUCUCACCGCUUUCUCCUUCAUCGCACCUAACACAACACAACCCCAAACGCCUGAAUCACCAAUACUACCUGGGAAGAAGAAGAAGGAAAAACAUCCCAUUGAUUUCUAAAAAAAUGCUUUUAAAAGAUACCAUCAAAACCAUUGUCCGGGACGAAGUAAUAGGGGUCACCGCCCUCGCAAAAGAACCCGCCGCCACAGGGGCCUAUCUGUACCCGCUGCGUGGGAUUGCAUACUUCCUUACGCACCGUGCCAUCUGGAAACCCCUUACCUCGCGUCUUCUCCCAUUGUUGACACUAAGCACCGGGGUAAUCACGUCAAUGUUUCUUUUCACCUACAUCCCGCAGUCCUUCCUGCUGACAUUCGUCAAUGGGCCCGUUGCAUGGAUAUCCACAAUUGCUCUCGUGUUGAGCGAGUCCGCGGUGAUCAUCACUGCACUCAGCAGAGCCUUCCUGAUCGAUGAGGCGUUGGUGGACAUUUUUGAUGGAGUGUUGCUGUUGGAGGGUAUGAGUGUGCUUGUGAAAAAUGGAAGGAAAUUAGAGGCCGGAAAUGGGGUUAUGGGAAAACUAGGGGCGUUGGUGAAGAAGCCAUUAGAGAAGCUCACUGUCAAGAGCUUGGUUAGCUAUUUGAUUUGGCUGCCGGUCAAUUUCAUUCCCAUAGUUGGAACUGUUGUAUUCAUUUUUGUUCAAGGGAGGAAGCUAGGACCUACUUACCACGCCCGGUACUUCCAGCUCAAAAGCUAUUCCAACCAGCAGAAGAAUGCGUUUGUUGAAAGGAAUAUGCCUGCUUAUAUCGGUUUCGGCACGGCUUCGAUGCUAUUACAAUUAACUCCUAUCGUCAGUAUCUUAUUUUCGUACACAAACACUGUUGGUGCGGCAUUGUGGGCAGUUGAUAUCGAGAGGGGGAAUCGCCCUGCGGAAGGAAAGAGGGUUGGGGGUAUCGUCGCUGGUGGUGAGAAGGAGUUGUAAUGAAUGGGAUGUUAUGCAUGGUUUUGGGACUCGGUUGAUCUUUCGAAUUUCUAGAAUCCGGGGUAGCUACCAGACACCUUACCAAAUGUCUUGUUUUUCGGGGAGUUACAUGUGGGCUCACUUUGCGAUAUUAUCACAAUUGAACUGUGCGUUCGGUGCUGG